AUGGCAAGACGCAGCAGUGGCAAGAGUCUGAGCAGUUGUAAAGAAGAGGAGGAAGAAGGAGAAGAAGAAGCCAAGCCUCGUCUGAGCACGAACAGUAUUUUGGAAGAUUUGUUUGGUCGUCGUCCAAAGCCUUUGGUGGAAUGUUCCGAAGAUUCCGAAGACAACGACGAGAGUAGUUCGGAAGACGAUCGUUUGGAUUUGAGUUACGACGGCGCCGACGAGGGAGACAACAGUGCGUACUCUCGAUUCUUGACGGACGAUUCGUUGAAUGACAUUACACUGGAGAGUACGAUUGACGGUGUCAAGAUUCCCGCCAAUCGCGCCAUUUUGGCGUCCAAAAGUCGAAUCUUUCAACGCCUCUUACUAGGCAGUUUUGCCAUGACGGCCGAUGGAACCUUCAAGAGUGUCUCUUUCGACUUUCGAGGAGAAGUACUCAGAGCCGUGGUCGAAUUUGUACUCACCGAUACCGCCAAGAUUCUCGACAUACGAUCGAUCAGGGCUGACAAACGACGACGAUCCUCCGUCAAAUCCAUUCACUCGGCGCCACCCACGUCUCUUACGUCCACGCAAUCCACAUCCUCCACUUCCUCCUCCAAUACAACCAAUCGCAUCAGCAUGUUUGACUGGAUGAAAAAACAACCACUCAAUCAUAGCAGCAAUGCUUCCGCGGCCAGUAGCUCCCACAAUAGCCACAAACACAAGACCAGCAAAAGUGUCUCCAGUCGACGCAGUGGCGGCAGUCGCAGUCAACCCAUUUAUAGCAGGGCACAGAUUCAAACACUGGUUUCACUUACAAGGGCGGCACAAUACUUUCAAUUGCCGAAUUUGGGAUCGCAGGCACUCGAUACAAUCGCCCACUAUUUGGAACGAUCCCCACCAUCCGUGUUCAGCGUACUCGAAAGUUGUCGACAAGAAGAACCGCACGGAAAAGUGCCAAAAGAAUUGCAAGGCAUUGCACAAGUCAGUCUCCGUAAUUUUGUCGGGCCCAUUGAACCGGAUACGGUCGAAUUCUUGACCCCGCCCGUCCUGGAAGAAAUUUUACAAACGCCCAAACUGCGCAUGGACGAAUAUCAACUCUUUAAAAUACUCAAACGAUGGGCAUCGUCACCGGCUGAACUCGUGCCCACACAACCACAAGCAUCUGCCGACUCUGUGGCGUCCAAUGAUGCCGUCAUGGAUAGUUCCGAAGGAGAUGCACAAACGGUCAAAUCCGGAAAUCAACAAAAACACAAGGAUGAUAAAAAAGAGCAAAGAAAGGAAAAGGAAAAGGAAAAACAACAACACAAUAAUAAUAAGGACGAUCAAUCGUCCACCACCGACACCAGUCGCACGGCUUCUGUCACCACGGAACUCUCGGACGACAACAACAAUCAUCAUCAUCAUCAGGACAACAAUUCCUCUUCCGCACCACUCCUGUCCACCAGUGUCCGUCGCAAAAUGGUCACGGCACAUUUUCUACAAUUUGUUCGUCUCGAAUGCAUCGAUCCACCCAUAUUGGCUACAUCCGUAGCCUCCUCCGGGCUUGUCACCGAACAGCAAUUACUGCGGGCAUUUCAACGACAAGCCAUGGCAUCGCACAAAUAUCAUGGGAUUGCCUUUCAACGACCGCGAUUCACCGGAGCAUCUUGGAAGAAAAGUUUGUCGGAAGUAUUCACAUCGCGGCAUUCCGAUGAACUCAAAGAAGACGUCCUUCAAUAUCCACCCAUUCAAUCGGGCAUUCAUCGAUGGACUGUCAUUAUUGAAGAAUCGGGUGAUUCGACUUGGUUGGGAUUGACCAUGUCCAAUCUAUGCGAAACAUUUACCGAUCAAGAUGCCAUGCAAGAUCGAAAUUGGGUUUAUGGAUGUGACGGAGGAUGUUUCUUUGGGGGUCGACCCGUCGAGCAGCCAUCGCCACAACAAGAGAUUCCGGGAUAUGGGACGGGAUCCCAAGUGACAUUGACACUCAAUUUGAAAUCGAGAGACAAAGGCAAUGGGACCUUGUACGUCGGGGAACAAUCGCAUGCUUUGAUUCCACUCUUUACCAAUCUACGACAUCAUUUGAACGAUCACGAAGGAGAAGGAUUUUUACCAUCCGUCUCGAUGCAUACGCCCGGACGAGUACGACUCGUGGAUAUUCGGCAUUUGCAUAGUUAA